AUGUCGGCAUCGCUUGAUUCGGCUUUGGAUCCAAUGGAAGAGAUCCGUUUUCGAAAAAAACAUAGUAGGAUGUGGAUGGAAAUUCAAAGGGAAACACAUUUUACUUUUGACGAAUUGGAGCAGGUAAUGGUCAUCUUUUUUAAAAUACAAAAGCGUGAUGAGAAACCAGCCGCAUCUGAUUUGAUUUCCAGGGCUCAUUUCCGCGAUGUGUUACACACGGGUCUCGGAAUGACGGACGCGUAUAUGGUGGAGCGAGUCAUGGUGGCACUCGACAGAGGGACAUCUCCUUACGUAACGAUGUCAACGUUCGCCAAAGCGUUGUCGCUUUACCUUCGCGGCUCGUUGGAGGAGCGGAUUACAUACGCAUUUACGUGUUAUGACUUACUGGGGGAAGGACAUUUGAGGAGGGAGACAAUGUACCAGCUUAUGAAGAAGAGCUUGGCAAGGGCCUCUCGAGAUGACGACGUCGAAGAAGCUGUUAAGGAGCUGGUCGAUAUUAUGCUGAAGCGUAUGGAUGUGGAUCUCGAUGGUGUGAUCAACUUCCAGGAUUUCCAUACAGCGGUGACAAGGACUCCUUCACUGCUGGAGCUUCUGGGCUACUGUCUCCCUGAACGAUCUGCGGUUUACACUUUCCUUUGUACUUGGUGUCCUAAUUGGGGAAAAAUGUAACCUAAUCAUUGAGUUGUAAGUAUGUACUGCGUACUAGACAAGCUUAAUAAACUUAAACAAUACACACAUCACUGUCUUGCCCCAAAGCAAGCUUUGCUUAUAUUAGGGAUACCAGCGAAGAUAGCUGAUUUAAUUAUAAAUAUACAUACUAUAUGUAAAUGGUAAUAUAAUGUAUAAAUUGUGGGAAAAAUAUACCAAGUGACAUUGGCGUAGUAAACUGUACCCAGUUGAUGCAGCAGCAAGCAAUAAAAUCAAAAAAAUAAUUGAAUAUAACCUAUAAUAGGGUAGUAGAAUUUAAUAUAAAAAACAAUAUUAAUUACGAAUAGUACAAGGAAUAAGGAACCGAUAUAAUAUAUCGUUACCAAUUAAUAAAAGUUAAAUAUUUCUUAAAUAACUUAAUUUUUAAAAUCAUGUAUUUUUUAAAAAUUCCAAACGCCUAAAACGCUGUCGCCCAUUUUGUGUCACUUGGUGUGCUAAACGUUAAACUAAUUGAUAGCUAUUUUUUUUCGUUAAACGCUUCGUUUUGAUAAAGUGACGUCAUGAAACAGUUGAAAUAUACACCGACAGGCGUUUUGGUUCGUAUUAUCAAAAACAUAUUUAAAAACUAAAAUUUUCAUGUAAUUAUCUAAUCAUCACGACUCAAAAAGUAUGAAAAAAAAAAUUAAAUCUAGUAGCACAAUAUUGAUCAAUUUAAGGCCAUAUAAUACAAAGAGUCAAUUAACCUAUUAACCAUGACAUUAAAAUAUGUGGCGUAACUAGAUACUCGUAGCUUAGAAAAUAUUGUUUUCUUGUCGUGAAUAGCGUUACUCUCGAUAAAGUAAGCUAUCAAGAAACUCUUUUGUUGAACAGAAUACAGUGGUGAUGAGUCGUGUCUUCUCUAGUACGUAUUACAAACAUAUAGCUCACAGCAUUUUACUAUUACUUUUGAUACAAAAUAUACUUGAUGAUAUAUGAUUAUUUUUA